AUGGGGAUUUACAAUUUCGACACUUAUGAAAACCCGUGCGAGUACACGUGGGUACUUCAGACAAGAAAUGUCUGCGGCGCUAUGCAAAUCUUCGUAAACAUGAUUCUGGUCAUCGUGUUUGCCAAUGAAAAGAACUUGUCCUGCCAUGAGGGUCUCAUCGUCCAACCGGUCAUUCAGGGUCUUCUGGGUUUUCUGACUAUGGGAUCAGCGACCACCGGUGCCUCUGUAACCAUGGUCGUCAUCAGCGGCCUCCUCAAUCUCGUGGCGAUUUUCGUCAACUGGCUCUUUUUCUACCUUUACACGAAGAUUCAGCGAAAGGCGGAAAAAGAAGUGCCACUUGGGAGAAAGUACCUGUUCGGCACGAUUCUGAUGACUCUGAUGGCUGGAACCAGCGCAAUCAUUGGCCUCGCCUUUCAGACCAAAUGCCACAAGAUUUAA